UCUGGCCAAGGAAGGGGAUUCCCAUGCAAGGGAAAUAGAAUGACGAAUUAUCUCUGGAUGACUGUAUCGAAUGCCAGCGCAAGCGCGAACUUGCGCUUCGAGGAAUGGAAACAUCUGGCAUGGGACUAGUGACUCGCGGGGCUCCCUGCUGGUCCGUAUUUAGAAAUUGUGUUGCAAAAAAACUCUUAUCAGGCCUGGUUGUUUUCUGUUCGAUAUUUGUGAACAAUUUUGAUAUCAACAGAGAAGAUAAAAGGAAUAUGCAUAAAAUGUCAUCACUUUGGAACUCUCGUUGUUAAGUGUGGCACAAACUGAUGGUGGCCCCGUAAGAUGGUGCUGAUUGAGAUGGCCGGGGCUGAGGACACCAUCUACUUGUGCAACUUUCGGGUUUCCGUGGAUGGUGAUUGGCUGUGUCUCAAGGAGCUAGCAGAGGGAGGAUCCAGAGUGGAGCGGUCGGCAUCCACUUCACCCGGCUCCCCCCCGCCCUCAGGUGCCCACCCUCAGGUCCCAUCUGGAUCCCUGCACAACCCACCCCUGUCUGACCAAGCGAUGUUGACCCCAGCUGACGCUACCUUGGAUGGCUCUCAGUCAGCAGAGGCCCCCCCUGUUGCACCCAGCUUGUCCAACGAGGGUGGCGCUAUGGGAGGGGCCCUAAGCGUGCUUCCAGGCCUCCCGCCGGGGCUCUUCGCGCCCUAUGUGCCGCUCACCUGUGGUCCGUCCGCACGCUUUCUUCUUUUAGUUGCUAUGGUUGCAUUGCUGGACACCGUCUGAUAGCAUUC